GCUGCUGGGAACGGGACCGGGGCCGGGGACGGGAACGGGAACGGGGUCGGGGUUGAGGUUGAGGCGGAGGCGGGCGGGCAGGCAGGCAGAAAGAAGAUGUGAGGUGGUCCGGACCGGUAGCCGGGGGAAGCUGACGUCCUCAUGCCGCCUGACAACACGUGCCGGCGCCCAUUACAGAAUGUUACGUCGCUCAAGACUCAGCAUAAGACCCAAUGUGAAACCUGGUGGAAGGGUUCCAUCACAAACUGGCAAGGGGGAUGACAAGACUCGUAUUUCAGACCAGCAGCUAAUCUCCGAAGGAAGAUCUUCCAAUGAGAAAGAAGCUACUGAAACUCCGGCUGCUGUUGGGUCACCAUUGCCCAGUGCAGGUGUUGAACAUGGAGACAGAGAUGACCCAGAUGAACAGCAGGAAAAUGUUCCACUUAACAAGAAUGAAAAAGCUGAUAAAACUGGAGAGUCUGGAGCUCAAGCAAAGCCAUUUGUGGCACUUUUGCAAAGAAGGAAACGUUUCUCUACCAUGCCCAAUUUGGUCAAGCCAAGAUCAACAUCUUUGUCUAUGCAGCAGUCGACCAACCUAACAGAAAAAUCUCCUCAGCAACAAAGUCUUUUAACUCCUGUGACCAAUGUGGUAUCAUUUCCAGAUAGUUCUGUUCCAUCGCAGAUCACCACCACUGAGAAAACACUUGCUAAAUCACCAGAAAAACGGAAGCCCUCUUCAGGACCAAAUAUUAAGCUGCCAGAAAAGAAAACCCCGAUUCCUCAAGUACCACAGUUCUCUCCUGUUAAAAACCCUCUGCACAAAGAGUCAGUUGUUGGGGUGAGUUCUGCCCGACUGCCAGUGACACGGAAAGUACUGUCUUCGCCACUGAAGGAGAGGAUAACACCGAGUGGUACACCUACAAAAGGAAUUGUACCAUCACCCAGUGUCUCCCCGGCACGGCCUAAAAAUGCAAAACUUCCAUCUGACCUCGAAAGGCUCCAGAAAGCUCGAAAAUUGCGAGAAAUGAUGAGGGAAGAGUUGAAGAGAGAGAAGAAAGCUCAUAGGGAAUCUAUUCCCAUUUGGGAAGCCAGUAACCCACCAGAACGUACCAAAAUGACAAUGAGAGACUUCAUCUACUACCUGCCUGAUACCAAUCCAAUGCUGUCUUCAUUUGAAGAAGAAAGAAGACCAUCUCCACCAAUUGUAAAUAAAGAGCCAGAAGUGGGCAGUAACAAUGCUGCAAAUAUUGAGGAAGAAGAUGAAGAAUCUGAUGAUGCAGUUUUGGGUCCACGAGUUAAAGUAGCUGAAGAUGGCUCUAUUAUUAUUGACGAAGAAAGCUUAACAGUUGAGGUUUUAAGGAUGAAGACAUCUAAUAUUGUUGAAGAAAAUGAUCCCAUUUUUGAACGUGGCUCUCAGACGACCUAUUCCAGCUUCAGAAAGAGCACCCACACAAAGCCCUGGUCCGAUAAAGAAACUGACAUGUUCUUUCUCGCGAUAAGUAUGGUUGGGACGGAUUUCUCUAUGAUUGGUCAGCUGUUCCCAAACAGAUCACGAAUUGAAAUAAAGAACAAAUUUAAACGGGAAGAAAAGUUGAAUUCAUGGAGGAUAGAUAAAGCAUUCAAAGAGAAGAAGCCACUCGAUCUGGAUGUUUUUGGAGAGCUAUUAGCCCGUGUUCUGGAGGGAGAGGCAAAAAGGAAGAAGGAAAGGAGUGGCAGGGAUAAAGGUCAAGCUCCGAGAAAAUCGGCUACCAAGCGAAACAGGAAAAGCAAGAAAUUGGAAGAGACGGAAAGUGAUCUAGAUGACCCUGAUCCAAUUGAAGUGUCUGACCAGGAGUUAGCUGAGGCUGACUCUAGCACUCUGGCAGAGGGAACUGGGGCAUCCCACGGUCUGGAAGGUGCACAGAAUAAAGAAACUGUAAAAAACACUUCAACCAAACGCAAACGAAAAUGGAAGAAAAAGGAUGCUGCAGAUGCAGUGGCAAAGGACAUUACUAAAGACGUGUCAGAGGAGGAGGGUGGUAUUCAACAGCCAAAACGUAGAGUACAGCAGCGUGAGAAAGGUAAAGGAGCCCAGAACGAUUCAGGUUCUGGUAGAAAAGACGGCGCUCAGAAGCCAGUUGGAGAAGCCGAAGAUGAAAGCCAUACGGCGGCCAAUGUUGAAGCAUCACCUGGCCAAGAAGCUUCUAAAAGCAAACAGCCUUCACAAGCCAGGACAAAGGGAAAGCCCAGCGAGGAAGAUGAAUUGUUAAGUGACUGUGAGAGUGACACAGCAUCAGCAACAACCCCCCCAGACCCAAGAGGAGAUUCUAACCAACGUCAGCUCGCUCAGCCUCAGAAAUCUAAACCCAACUUAAAACUGGUUGGAAGGAACAAAGCGGGUAGAAAAACCACUCCCAAGCCCAGGACAUCUUGUGACAGCACGGUUGAAUCCCGGGCCAAUGCUGCUCAGUCAAGCCCUGACUCUGCCCAAAUUGGGGCUGAUACGAUGGAACCCAGGGCUGACGCCACCCAAUCUAGUGCCGAUGCAAUGGAAUCUGGGGUUGAUGCUGCCCAGUCUGGAUUUGACGCCACCCAAUCUAGUGCCGAUGCAAUGGAAUCUGGGGUUGAUGCUGCCCAGUCGGAACUUGACUCUGCCCAGUCUGGAUCUGACGCCACCCAAUCUAGUGCUGACACGAUGGAAUCUGGCAUUGAUGCUGCCCAGUCAGAACUUGACUCUGCCCAAUUCACAGCCGAACUCACCCAAUCUAGUGCUGACACAAUGGAAUCUGGGGUUGAUGCUGCCCAGUCGGAGCCUGACUCUGCCCAAACUGGGGCCAACAUGAUGAAAUCCAGGGCUGACGCCACCCAAUCUAGUGCUAAUGUGACGGAAUCUGAAAUUGAUGAUGUUCUGUCCAGGGCGUAUGAUACCCAGUCAGAGGCUGAUGAUAUCCACUCCAGGGCUGCUAUGAUGGAAUCCACCAAUGUGAUGGAACCUGGGGCCAUUGCCAUCCAAUCUUGCACUGAUGUAAUGAAAUCUGGGGUGAUUACCACCCAAUCCGGGGCCGACGUGAUGGAAUCUGGGAUCAUUGUUGCCCAAUCCGCCAACAUGGUGGAGUCCAGGGGCAUUGCCACCCAAUCUAGUGCCAACGUGAUGGAGUCUGGGGCUGUCACCAACCAGUCCGAGGCUGACAUAGUGGAAGAGUCACUUUUACCGGAUCAUGAUGCUUACCCUGGAGGACGUUCUGAGAUCACAGAUGAACAGUCAGAAAAGGAUGUCAGUGGUAUAUUGAAGUCUGAAAAAGGAGCUGAUAAAGCUGAAGAGGUGUCGCCAUGUGAAGUUCAGGAUUCUGUCACUGCUCCACGAUUUGUAGAGAAACCAGGUCGAUCAGUAAGGAGCCGUUUCCAGAAGCCCAAGCCAAAUUUAGGGAGGGCAGUGAUAAGGAAAGAUGUGUCAAUGCAAGAAAGAAAAACUGCUGCACUACAAGAAAAUAAUAUUGCGACUCAAGAUAUUACGGGGCUCAGUCCAGGUCUCGCUGUUAAUAAAGAAAGUGAGGCUCACCACCAGACUGCAAGCGUUGUGGAUACAGUUCCAAUACAGCAGGGCGCAGUCCGGAAUCAAUCCAAAGGAACCAAUGAAGCAAAACUUCCAGCAUCUCUGUCAGAAUUCCAGUCUCUGGAUGCUGCAUGUUCAGACACAGUGGAAUCAAAGAGCAAAAAGGUUCCUGAUUCGAUCACCGAGCGACCGAGGAGGACUGGCAAUUUUAACAAAGAACAACAAUCGGAAAAGACAUUUCAGCAUGAUGAACAGAAUGAGCAGGAGGAGUUAAUGUUGGCUGCUGUUCAGGAAAAUAUCAUGAGCAAGCCAACCAGAUCUGGGAGGCAGCCCAAGCCUACAACAUUUUAUAACCCUUCAGCAAAUCAGCCACCGCCAGCUCCUCCAUUCUCAUCUGAGGGAGACAGUGAGGGCAAAGUCAGAUCGAGACUGGUUCGAACUCAGAAAACUAAAUCCAAAGUCAGCAAAGUGUUGGGGAAGAAGGAGGCUCAAAUUAGAACUGCUGGUAGCAGAAGCCAAGGAACAACAAAGAUGCCACUUGUUACCCUGAGAGCAUCCCAGGAGGAGGACGAUGAUGACGAAUCAGAGGUAGAACAUGAGGAGGACAUCUAUCCCAUCAACCCAGAGGAGGUCAACAAAGCACCAGCUUUUGUGCCAAUUAGCCUUAGAUCACCUGAACCUGUGCAAGCCCAAGUGGAGGAGUCGAUGGAAGAGCUUGAAAUAGCCCUUAAUGUCUCAGACAAGAACUAUACUAGAGAAGCUGAACACUCACUUCUUGAGUUACGUGAUAAACGUGAAGCCAGUCAGUCUUGCACCUUUAUUCCAGAGGAAGAUUACCGCCCAGCAACUGCUGACCAGAUUGAACUUUUUGUUGAAGUUUUUGAAGUUCCAAACGAAGGUCCAAUUCAAGAAGGGGAGAGCGGCUGUGCCGAGCUUGGUGCUGCUUUGCCAGAUACUGCAUUUACAGGUGUGAUCUGUAUGGACCAGAAGAACUUGGAGGAAGAAUCUGGCCUUGCUGGUGAAGUUCCUUCCCUGCAGAUCAUAGUGUGUAGUACUGGAAGUGUUGGUGAUAAGCCCGACAGAGCUGAUGCACAGAGUGUUCCUGCAGAGAAAGAGCUGAAGGCUGAAUUGGACUCACAAGAACUUCCUCUUCCAAAAGGAGAAUCAGCUAAAGCUGCUUCUAGUUCAUUAGUUACUGAAGAACCUGCUGGUGCACACAACAACAUAGCCAGGAGAAGGUGCAGGUUUCUGAAACCAAAACCCAAUCUCAGCAAUUCCUUCUCUAGAAGUGGAACAAAAAAGCCGUGUCCUACCACAGAGAGUGAAGAAAUGCAAAGCUUUAUAGAGCCAACUGGAGCAGCAUUCUCAAAGGAAAAACAUGAUAAUAAAGCAGAACUGAAUUGUGAUGACUUGAUGCCAGCUCAUCUGCUAACAACAGAGAGCACUGAAGAAAAUGUAAGCGUAAAUCAGAUGGCAGCUGAUGAAUCAAGUGAGAUGUCUAUAAGCAACCAGCAAGAAAAAUGUGUGAGUGAAGAUCAAGUGAGGAGAUCUCGAUAUCCAGACCAGGAGACCAAGCUUCUAAGUGAAAGGUUAAAAUUGUCAGUGUCUGAUGAGCAAAGCAAAUGUGUGGGAGAGGACGAUGGAGUGAACAGAGAAGAGCGUCAGGACAGUGGGUCUGAGCAUCUGCAUGAAAGGUUAAACUUAUUGAUAUCUGAUGAGCAAGGCAGAAGUGUGGGAGAAGCAGGAGGAGUAAAUAGAACUGAACAUAUGGAAAGUGGAUCCAGGCGUCUGACUGAGAAGCUGAGUUUGGUAACAACUGACAAGAAAGACCAGUGUGUGACAGUGAGUAAUACUGACCCCGUGGACAGCACGAUCCACAACUGUGGCAAAGAGUUAUCAACGUGUGAUGAACAAGAGGAAGGUGUGGCGGGGGAAGAACAAGUGAAUAUGACUGUGCAUCUAGGUGGAAGGAUGUCUCCAGCACAUAAUCAACCAGACAUGAGAGUUGGAAGUCAGGAUGUUGAACAAGGGAUUUCUUCAGACACAAACUGCGCACAGUCUGCAUUGACGUUUUGUCGUAUUGCUGAUCCAACACUGUCCAUGGAGGCUACAGAAACAACUGCACAGGUUUUGUGCUCUGGUUACUCCCCAAAGAUUGACGUCCAAGAAUGUCAAAGUGUGGAACAUCAAGAAGCACUGAACAUUUCAGAAGGAAACUUGGAGAACUUAAUGACAGUGGAAAGCCCAAAAGAGGAGACGAUCAUAUUAACCUUGUUUGAGAUCCCAGCCUCCUCUUUAACUGGAUACAGUGAGUCCUCUGCUUCCUACAUGCCUAUUUCAGAAAAUAGCCUCGGUUUCACUGCAUCGAAUCCACCUCUAUUGGCUGAAGGUACAGAAAUCACUGCAAGAUCUGAACUCUCAGUGGAGGCACCUGUUAUACCCAGUAUGUCUGAAUCAGUGACAGUUUCUGAUUACAGAUCUGAACUCUCAGUGGAAGCACCUACUAUACCCAGUAUGUCUGAAUCAGUGACAGUUUCUGAUUACAGAUCUGAACUCUCAGUGGAAGCACCUACUAUACCCAGUAUGUCUGAAUCAGUGACAGUUUUACAAAGUAACCCCCAGCACUGUCGCUCAAAUAUGCCAGGACUGAAUUCGGGGCAAAUGGACAGAAAAAGAAAAGCUGCCAGUUUAAUUGAUAAAAAUGAUUCUACUGAGAAGAGACCAGAGGUGAUGUCAAGUCAGGAGGUUCCUGGAGAAAAAAUUUCACAGACUGAGGAAGUUCUUCAAUCAAAUUCGGCUGCCUUAACAUCACCUGAGGAUUGCCCAGCACCUUCAGCAUCUAAUACAUUGAGUAAUUAUGAUCUUGCUCACAUGGGUAUUCCAUCAGAAUCUUCUGGCAGUUUCACAUCCACUCCUUUGGAUGUAGUAAAACCAACUCACGCAGAAAGAUCAACUCUGACAUCUGUUCCUGUAUCUGAAGAAAUGAGGAAAGCUUCACAACGAAGGAGAGGUAAACUCAUUGUGAAACCCAAUUUUUCAACCCCAAGAGCUGCACCCACUCCUGAGACUGGUCUCUCAGCUAUAAAUGCUGGGAAUAAUCAUCCUUUAAAACUUCCAAAAACCCCCAGAAAUGCACCUUCUCUACUCGAUAAAGAACAGGUACAAAGUGAAGCAGCAGGUAAUUCAUCCGUACAAGAAUUUGGUGCUGAUGAUGAUCUCCAUGGUGAAACUGAGGCACAAAAUGCACCCAGCUGUUCCUCUCCAGAGAAAUUGUCUGCAGUUCCAGAUGCGGGUGCUGUGACAGGACAAUCAGAAACAAGUGCACAAGAUACAGCUCCUAUCUCAAGUACAACUCUAACAAGACAAGGACGUAAACCUCGAGGAUUUUUAUCCUUCAUAUCAAACAAGCCUGCUGAAGGUGAAAAUGAACCAAAGCCCAAGAAGAUGAAAUUUCCGAAAGCACGUGUAAUUCUCCCACAAUUUGCUGGCAAGAGGCCCAACACACCCACCGAAGAUGUGAAACCAAGCAGCUCUCCUCCUGCAAAGAAGAAACUGUGUGAAAAGGCACCUGAGAGCCAACCCAAUGCCAAAAGUGCCCCAACUAAAGUGGUGUGUAACUCCUCACUGCAGAGUUGGCAGUCAGAGUCGUACGCAGAGGAGGCCUGCUGUACCGUGGAACAGGACACAGAGCAGGUGCCGCCAACAAGUGUGGCAGAAUAUUUCUUCAGUGACAUCUUCACGGAAGUGGAUGAACAGGAAUGAAUGUGGGGCGUGUGUAAAGCUGCUGAGUUAUUUGGUACGGGUACAUCACAAAAUAAUGUGAUUAUGUUCUUGUCUUAAUCACAACAUUGGUGUAAAGCAAUGUAUGAGCCUGCACAGGCCUGGUUGCAGAACAGAAUACUGCUGCCAAUGUAGGUACAAACUGUUGGGCAACCACUUUACAAAACUCAGAAAAUUAGCUUUUCUUGAAAAGAUAUAUCAAAGUUUUAGAUGGUAAUUUAUUGUAACCAUGUUUUUAUUCAUGGAAGUUAACUAUUUCUUUAAAUAUAUUGUAAAUUCAUUCUGCAACUAAGCAAUUGUGUACAAUACUGAAGAAGCUUUCAUUCACUGAAUGUAAUGAACUCUUGUUGUAAUAGAUAAUGUACACUGAACAUUGGCAACUUGAUUGACCUUUACCUUAAUGUAAAUUCUAUUAGAAAGGGCAUACAAGAUGUGUGCUUACUCAUUUCUGUGUAUUGUAUGAACUUCCAAUCAACAGAAGGUGUAUGGUAUCAGAUUAUUGCUUUUAAACAGGGGAACCAGAAUCUAGUCAUUCAGCUUCUCAUAUAUUUUGCCAAUGUAUUUACUGCCUGAAGAAGAGUGGAUUGAAUGGAAUAUUUUGUAGAUUUUGGUGAGUUGAAAGUGAUCAUAGUGAAGCAUAAAUAGUGGAAACCAAACCAAAAUUCUUGAUACGAAGAAAAGCAAUGACUGUAGAUAAUGUAAUUCAAAAGGAAAAAUUGUAUUACUGAAUUAGUUCAUUUACAUUUAGGCUGUAAGAUAAAAGUGUUUAAUGAGUUUUCAGAUUCUUGAGUGCAGGGAAAUGAGGUAGAGAGCAGGUACAUUUGUGAAAAAAAAAAUUAUUACAAAUGUACCUGAUUAUUACGUCUGAUUCUAAAGGUUUGUUAAACAAUUUGGGACGCAAGUCAGAAAUUUACCCUAUGAUAACUUUGAAAAGUCUUUCCUCAUUUCCAACAUUGUUGUAAUAAUGAGGAUUGUACAAAUUUGAUGAAUAUCUGAUGAUGUUUGAUUGUUUUCAUCACCCUUUGAAGAAUGUGCCUUGUACAGCUCCCACAUUCAUGCUAUCUGAUGACACACCUUUGAAACAACUUAUCAAAAUGAACAAUUGCAAGUGCAAAUGUGAAUGAACAUCUUCAUCGUCAGGCUAAUCUGAAGAUUUACUGUGACUGAGUGAAGUUUCAAGUUGCGGUGGACAGAUUUGUUUGCAUGUCAUACAUGUCAAUAGUGAAAGACAAGGUUUCUUUUUGUGAAAUUACCUGCAUUGUGUUUUCGUCAUUUGAAAGAAUUUGCACAUUUAGGCUAGGUUUUAGUUUUGGGUGAAUUGACUUUUAAAAAAAUUCCUUCCUGAGAUGCAUUUCUAUUAAAUUGUAUUAAAUAUUCUCUUUUAAGUACCAUCAUAAAACUGUGCUGUUAAUGAUAUCAUCUUUUAAUAUGGGACAUAAUCACACUUGGAGAUAAUUUACUUCUUUUUUUGUAUUUGAAUUAUUAUUUAAUAUUAUCAUGCUCAGGUGGCUUUGAUGUUUUUUGAUGACUUAAAUAUUGGAGAAAAUCAGAUAAAGAGGUCUUAUGAAUGAAUGAAAGGUGAACUUGUUAGCUGGCCCAGCUGUGCUCCAGGUUGCAAUGUGUAAACAUUUGAAAGAGACUGUCAGAAGUUCAGAGGUUAGGAAGAAACGUAUUAUCCAACAAUGUGUGCCAUAGUUCAAUCUCCAGUUCUGGUUAUAAGUAAAGUACAUUGAGAGAUAGUAACUGGUGGACUUCAUCCAAUUACAGUGAGACAAAUGAUUCCUGAACCUUGACCACUUUGUCUUCAACUUCUGACAACAGUUUCUGGACAAAGUGAUUUUGUGGACCACAGGAAAUCUCUGGUGAAUGAAGAUUGUUAAUUGGGCACAGUGUUGAAUAGCAGCGACAAGGCACCAGGUUGAAACUUCAAAAGCAGAAAAUAAACCUAAUUAUGCAAAUCGUAUUGUUAUGCCCUUAUGCCGAACUGGACUUUUACAUUUACCUUGCCCUUGGUUAAACAGUUGGGUCAGGUCAGUGACACAGCCUAAUGAUCCACAUCUGUAACUUACUGCUCUGCUCUCUGCUUGCUCUUCACUGGGUUGCAAAUAGGUACGUGAUCACUUAGUGGAUGACCAACUCAUGUCAUUUCAGCAUCUUCCUUGUUUGGAAGGAGUGUUACAGUACUAUUGUACAGACAGAUCUAUCUGUGGUCUGCUUGUAAAUUCUGUAAAUAAAA